ACCGAAUGUCGGGCUAGCAGCGCAGUUGCGGGAAGGGUACCCUGCCCUGCCUAGAAAGCGCACGGGGGUAGAGAGGCGGGCGUGCGGGUACGAGUACGGGGAGGAAAAAUCGUGUGGAACAACACGCAGCCAGCAGGGAGAACAUACAAGGGCCACUGCGUCUGUCUGCCUGCCCGCUGUGCCUGGAAAUCGCGCAUCGCAUCGCGAAGGAACCGGAUUGGUCGGACGUGUGUCGGCAGCGCACGGUGGGAGAACGGGGACGAAUGGAAGACAGAGUGGCAAGGGCACCGCCAGUAUCCGCCCGUACCCGCACCGAUUGCAAUCAUCGCCGUCGCCUGUUCGCUUCGCCCGCCGUGCCUCGGCACGUCUGAAUGUGCACAAGUGCAGAAACAGGCGGAUCCACGACGACGACGACGACGACGGGUGGGACGGGUUUUGGCCCCGGGUGUGCUUGACACGCGCGUGUGUGUGCGUGCGUCUAUGUGUGUACGUGUGUGUGUGUAUUGGUGCGCGGAUUGCAACGACGACGAUAUUCAUUCCGCCGUGCGCGUUCGGUUCGUGCGGUUCUCUGGACGGAUUCUGCUGCACGGGCCAUUUCGGUGGUGUGGUGUGCUCGACGCUCGCGCGUGUGUGCGUGUGUAUAGCUGUAGCAGCGGUGCCUGCUUUUGUCGGCCACACCGGAUGUUGGCAAGCAGUCGGCAUUCGGGUUUUGUUGCUGUGGUGCUUUCCGAACAUCCGAACUACGACGACGACAACGAGGCGUACCCGUGAAGUGGAGGCGAUUUUCGAGUGUUUUGAGUGUUUGGUUUGUGUGUUGGCCGCCAGGUCGUACCCCGCCACACCAAGGACACCUACACGCCGUGUGUGUCUGUGUAAUACAACCUGCCGCUGCCGUCGCCGCCGCCGCCCUACCACGGCCGUGGGUUGGACGGUUCCGCGGGUUGCUCUCGAGCGCGCGCGCGUGUCUGCGUGUGUCUGUGUAUGUGUAGGUGUGAUGGGGGAAAAGUUGGACGUGCUGCUACCUUCGUUGCCAGUUACCGUCCCGGCACCCCCUCCCAUCCAUCCGCGUAGCUGGUGUAGAACGUGAGCUUGUGCGGGGUUUGGCGUUUUUAGGCGGCAGGCCGACGUGCGAAAAGUGUUGGAAUCUGGGUGUGCGGGGGGUUUUUAGAUUAUCGGCUGCGGGUGCGGGUGCACGCUCUCUUUCUCCAUCUUGCGUCACAGCACAGUGCCUCCCCCUUUCCGAUGCGAACCGACCCCCGACCGCACACCAUCGCACCAUUCAGAGGGGCCCUGCGGGUUCCGCGGUGAGAUAGAGACAACCGCAAUCGCGAGAAAGUGAACAACACACACCGAGCGAAGCGAAACAGUGUGCGAGCGCGCGCGAGCCUGUGUGUGAGUGAGUGUGAGCGAAGAAGAAGGGAAGUGGAACCGGACCGUGCGGUCCGCGCAGAGCAGCAGCAGCUGCAGGCAGGGGCCUGUUCGACGGGAUACACCGCUCUCCCGUGCUUGCCUGCGAGCGCGAUGGAGCUGAAGGCGGAGAAAAAAGACCACAACGACCACGAUGAAAGCGGCGGUGGUGUACGGCGACACGCUGCAGCAGCAGCUGCAUCGGUCGCGAUGGAUGUCGAGGCGGCAGCGAAUGGGGGCGAACAGUCGUCGGAUCAGGAGAUAGUGGAGGUCGGCAUUGACGAGGAUCACAUCAAGUUUCUCACCAGCAUGCACUCGGGCGACGAGGAGCCGUCGAGCGGAGGGCACCACCAGCGCAUGGUAGGUGGGGCGCCACAUCGCCCUGCAGCCGUCGCCGCCUCGAAUGGGGUCACAGGGAAUGGGCGUGGAGGAGAGGACGGCGCCAGCGACGCCACCGGGGGGAAGCUGUACGGUGCGGCCCACCGGAAUGGCGGUGUGCUGAACGGGCUGCAAAAGCUGCAACAGCAACACCGGCAGCAGCAGCAGCAGCAGCAGCACCAGCAGCUUGUCAACGGCUCAGCAGCAGCAGCCGACUACAGUGCGGAUGAUUCGGACGAAGAUGGAGACGACGACGACGAUGACGAUGACGAUGACGAGGAGGACGUGAUGGUGGUCGCCGCGAACAUCCUAUCGAAGACGGCACAGAGGUCAUCGUUGCUUGCCACAGAACGCACGUACCAGUGUGACGUGUGCCCGCGGAUCUUUCACCGGCCGGACCAUCUGCGCUACCACAUGCGCAUCCACGAGAAGAACAACCCGUUCGAGUGCAAGCUGUGCUUUAGCGUGUUCGCGUCCGAUCCCGCCUUUGCGCACCACAUCCGGACGGAGCAUGCGGGGAUGGGGCUGGCCGACGCGUUGCCCCCGGUGCCGGAAACGGAGGCGAACUACUUCGCCUGCACGUACUGCGACAAAGCGUACGGCGACGGGGUCGAGCUGGAGGAGCACCUGCACCAGCAGCAUUUGGGCGAGCGGCCGUACAAGUGCAACAUGUGCCCGAAAGCGUUCAUCCGGAUGGAUUUCCUGCAGUGCCACUACCUGAAGUACCACAGCUUCCACCCGAUGGAGGACGAGGAGGACGAGGAGGGGGGCGGUGAGGGCGAGGAGGAGGAGGAGGAGGAGGAGGAUGGGGAAGAGGAGGAGGAGGGAAACAGUUACGGGCGGAUGCAGCAGCAGCACCAUCAAGCGGACGCGAACCAGCAAUACGAGCAUCGUGCCAAGCGGCCCCGCUUGAUGGUGCGCAAGAUCGAGGAUUUGGUGGACGACCGGGGCAGCAGUGUGGCGCUGAAGGGCCGGUUUGGGGCGGUGUCGCGGCGCACCUCGCACACCGGCACGAGCAUUUCGAGUGACGAUCGGCGCGACGACGACGAUGACGAUGAGGAUGGCGACGAUGAGGGCACGGGAGCGGAUAGUAGCGAUCAGCACCAGCGGUUCCUGCAGCGAAGGGAGGGUGGGUCGGUGGGCGGUGGGCGUAUCCUGCUGCCGAGGCUGAGCGGGGUGCAUGGCCGGUUUUUGGCCGCGAUGGAGGAGCAACAUUCGAAGCGGCUGGCGGCAGCAGCGGCGGCGGCGGCGGUGGAAGAGAGCGCCAAGCAUCGGUGUCCGGUGUGUGAUCGAGGGUUUGCCCGCGAACCGGAACUGAUGCUGCACGUGCGAUCGCAUCCUGAUUUGCCCACCUUCAAGUGUCCGCUGUGCGAGCUGACCUUCAUCGGGUCGGACUAUCUGAAGAAUCAUCUGAAAAAGCACGUGAUCGGCAACGGGGAAGAUCCGGGCGCACCGGGUGCGAUCGAUUUGAAGGUCAAUCCUGCCGCCGACACUAAACCGACCGGCCGGCAACCGCCUGCUGGCGAUGGUGGCCCGUCCCAGACCACGCUCCUGCCCUCCACCGCCAAACUGCCCAAACCGAUAAUCACGUCCAAGCCGCCCUCGACCGGCAUCUCGCUGCUGAAACCGAUCGAGGAGCGCAAACCGCCCGACCACCACCAGCAGGAGUACUGCGUGAAGACGCCCGACGGCAAGUUCAUGUGCACGGUGUGCGAGCGGCUCUUCUCGCACCAGCAGACGGUGCGCAUCCACUUCCGCAUCCACACGAACGAGAAGCCGUACAAGUGCGCCUUCUGCGACGAGUCGUACAUCCGGUCGGACUAUCUCGAGCGCCAUCUGAAGGUGCACUUUAAGGAUGGGAUGCUGCCGGCGGCCGCCAUCGCGAGCAUGGCGGCGGCGGCCGCAGCGGCCGCAUCGAGCGGGGGAAGUCGAUCGGCUGCCUCCACGCCGCCACCACCGGCACUGGCGACGGUGAAGGAGGAUUUGGCGUACGCGGAGUCGAGUCCCUCCACGCCGGCGGCUGCUGGUACGGGGGGCUCCACCGGCAAACCGCUGAUCGGGCGGGCCGGGCUGGCGCCGGAAAACUACCACUUUACCGAGUCGAACGACGGGCAGUUUGUGUGCAAGAUCUGCGACGCCGUGUUCAGCCAGGUGGCCUUACUGCGCAAGCACGCGCUAGCGCACACGGAAGAGAAACCGUUCCACUGCGACAUCUGCGACCGGUCGUUCAACCGGGUCGACUACCUGAAGGAACACUUCAAAUCGAAGCGCCACCUGCAGCUGGUGGCGGAGGCGGCGGCCGCCGGCGGGGGUGCUGACGGGGUGCCGACGACCGGCCCUACUGCCGCAGCUCGGCCGGACGAAGAGGAGGGCAAUGAUUCAACGAUGGAUGGAUCGACCAGCAGGGUAAAGCUGCUGACGGCGGUGGGAAGCAAAAGUGGUGGCACUAAGGCAACGUUUGAGGAUGGCGGUGUGGUUGCGAAUGGCAGUAGCAGCAGUAGCAGCAGCAAUAGCAGCAACAGUAGCAGCAGCAGCAGCAGUAGCAGCAGCAGCCGAAGUAGCAGCAGCAGUCGAAGCAACGGUACGGCAACGCCUAAUACGAGCCCGCAGAAGCAAAGCAAGCCGCCGGCCACCGGCAGCACCACCGAGCGCGAGGCGGGCGAGGUGGUCGAACCGGCGUCCCGGUCGGCGCUGGGUGAGUUCCAUCGGUCCGAUUACGAGCGCACGAGCGACGGGCGGUACAAGUGCAACCAGUGCGACAAGACGUUCGUGACGGCCGUCACGCUGAAGAUGCACAUCCGGCUGCACACGGGCGAGAAGCCGUACAAGUGCGACAAGUGCGAUAAGGCGUUCAUCCGCUCGGACUAUCUGAAGACGCACGAGAAGUGCCACCGGCAGGAAUCGUUCCUCAGCAUGCUGUCGCUGACGACGUCCAAGGAACCGAGCACCGCUUCUGAGGCGGGCGACUCCGAUGCGGACGGUGGCGGGGAGCUUGGUGAGCUGAGCAGCAAUCGGUCGUUGAUGGACGCGGCCGGUGGGACGAUGAACGGUGCGCGCGGUCAUGUUGGUGAGAAUGGUAAUGGUGUCGGGGGGCAGCUUAAUGAUGAUACGGAUGAGGAGGAAGGAGAAGAAGAGGCAGAAGAAGAGGAGGAGGAUGAAUCGGAAGAGAGCGAAGAUGAGCAGGUUAUUGAAGUGAUGGUGAAGGAAGCGAGCUGCUCUGAAAGUGAAGAUGAGGACGAAGAGGAUGAAGAUGAUGGCGAGGACGAGGAAGAGGAUGAAGAAGAUGGGGAGGAGGGGCACCAUGCGCUGUACCAAUCGACCACCGACAACAGUACAAACCGAAUCGCGACAAACACAACUGCCGCCAGCGUCGACCGAAAGGAAGGCAAGAGCGCUAGCAAGCGAAAAAACCGACCAAAGGACUCGCGCACCCCGAACCGUCCGUCCCUGCCGGCCACGAGCGGGUGCGACAGCAGCAACAAUGGCUACGAGGACGACAGCGCAUCGCAGGCGAGUGGGCCGGUCACGGCCGGCAGCCAUGGUGGUGGUGCGUACGCCGGCUCGGAACUGCUGCCGAAUGGGCCGAAGGGCAAGCACCGCUGUCCGAUGUGCGACAAGCUGUUUGCGUGGCCCAAGUCGCUCAAGAUCCAUCUGCGCACGCACACGGGCGAGAAGCCGUACCGGUGCGACGUGUGCGGCAAGUGCUUCGGCCGCUCGGACAGCUUGCGCGGUCACAAGCGGACGCACGCCGACGACAAGCUAAUACAGUGCCAUCUGUGCGAUGUGAGCUGCCCGAACGCGGCCGAGCUGGUGCAGCAUCAGUACACGGUGCACGGUUUGCAGCCGCUGGAGAGUUAGGGCGGACAAGGGAGAGACGCCUCGGUCCAUGGAAGACCCUCGAACGAACGUGGGGGGCAACGAUUGGCGUGGUUCCUUAGCUUGAAGGAAUGCGAGGUGCAAUGCGCGUGAAUUCACCAGCAUCGUUUGUCGGACGGGCAUUCCACCUGGGUGUCCUGGGAGUCGCUGUAAAAUCGAAUCCAAUUCCACCGGAACACGUGCUCGUGUUCGGCUCGCUUCAUGUACGCUAUAGUGUAAAUAAAUAUAUAGAAAUAUGUACUUACAUUUUAAAUACCUGAAUCCCAACAAACACUCUCCCGUGUGUGGCAGUAGCGCAAUAAAAAGAAAACCUUUUUCGGACACGUAA